AUGGCCGCCAUCCGCAAAAAGUUGGUUAUAGUUGGUGACGGUGCGUGUGGGAAGACGUGCUUGCUGAUUGUAUUUAGCAAAGACCAAUUCCCUGAAGUGUAUGUGCCCACGGUGUUUGAAAAUUAUGUAGCAGAUAUUGAAGUGGAUGGAAAACAGGUGGAGUUGGCUUUGUGGGACACUGCUGGUCAGGAAGAUUAUCAUCGCCUCAGACCUCUUUCCUACCCAGAUACCGAUGUCGUUCUGAUGUGUUUUUCCAUCGAGAAUCCUGAUAGUUUAGAGAACAUCCGAGAAAAGUGGACCCCAGAGGUGAAGCAUUUUUGUCCCAACGUGCCCAUUAUACUGGUCGGGAGCAAGAAGGAUCUUCGAAACGAUGAGCACACGAGAAGGGAGCUGGCCAAGAUGAAGCAGGAGCCAGUGAAACCUGAAGAAGGCAGAGAUAUGGCCAAUCAGAUUGGUGCAUUUGCUUACAUGGAGUGCUCAGCAAAGACCAAAGACGGUGUGAGGGCGGUUUUUGAAAUGGCUACAAGAGCAGCUUUGCAAGCCAGACCUCAAAAGAAAAAAACCGAGUGCCUUGUCUUGUAA